GUCACAUAUAGGGAUCAGCUAGCAUACCUCGUGUCAAACUUGUCGAACACCACCUAGGGCUGGGCAACCAAGCAGGUAUAGCUCAACUGUGCGGCACUCAGAGGAUCAACGUGAUCUCUCCUACAAGCACACACGUCCAAUAUGUCAUUCAAGAAGGACGAGGAGCUCGGAGGGAUAUCCUUUUACAAUGACAAGACGACUGUCAUUCAAGAGGCUCGAGUAUUCAACGAGUCUCCAAUCUCACCACGCAAAUGUCGAGCGUUGUUGACGAGAAUCGUCUACCUCUUGUAUGCAGGAGAAACAUUCUCCACGCAAGAGGCUACUACCUUGUUCUUCGGUGUAACAAAGCUCUUUCAACACAAAGAUGCGGCGCUACGACAGAUGGUAUACCUUGUGGUUAAGGAGCUCUCGACAAUCGCGGAAGACGUUAUCAUGGUUACUUCAUCCAUCAUGAAGGACAUGCAACCAAACCUAGAGGUCAUUUACCGUCCGAAUGCUAUCCGAGCUUUGGCCAGAAUCAUUGAUGCUCAAUCUGUGCAAUCCGUCGAGAGAUUCUUCAAAUCCGCCUUGGUCGAUAAGUCCUCCUCCAUCUCCUCAGCCUCCCUCGUCUCAUCCUAUCAUCUCUUCAACAUUUCCCCCGCUAUCAUCAAGAGAUGGGCGAACGAAGCACAGGAAGCUGUCAAUGCGAAAGCCGUCUCGUCAGGAGGAGGUUACGCCAACGCCGGUGGAUACCUUGGAGGAGGCAGCUCGGCUGGAUUCCAAGCUGUCGCCAGCUCGAGCUACAUCAUGCAAUAUCACGCUUUGGGCUUGCUUUACUUGAUGAGAGAGAAGGAUAGAAUGGCCAUCACGAAGAUGGUCCAACAGCUUGGAGCGGGAGGAAAGGGCAGUUCGGUCGUCAGGAACCCAAUGGCCGUCUGCAUGUUGAUCAGGUUUGCAAGGAAGGUCAUGGAUGAGGACCCUAAUGUCCAGAAGCAAAUGCACGAGUAUCUUGAAGGACUGUUGAGGCACAAGUCGGAUAUGGUCAACAUUGAAGCUGCCAGAGCGAUCUGCGAGAUGCGAAAUGUGACUGUCACUGAGCUGUUCCGACCUGUCUCCGUCCUACAACUGUUCCUCGCCUCUCCCAAACCCGUUCUCAAAUUCGCUGCUAUCAAGACACUCAAUAAACUCGCCAUGACCCAACCAGCGGCUGUCACUACUUGCAACUUGGAUAUGGAGAAUUUGAUCACCGAUUCGAACAGGUCUAUUGCUACCUAUGCUAUCACGACUCUGCUCAAGACCGGUAACGAGGCAUCUGUGGACCGACUGAUGAAGCAGAUCUCAUCUUUCAUGUCCGACAUCACCGACGAGUUCAAGAUCAUCGUUGUCGACGCCAUCCGCUCGCUUUGCCUCAAAUUUCCCGCCAAGCAAGCCGUCAUGCUCACCUUUUUGUCCGGAGUCUUACGAGACGAAGGCGGAUAUGAGUUCAAGCAGUCUGUCGUCGAGGCAAUCUUUGACAUGAUCAAGUACAUCAAGGAUUGCCGUGAGACCGCUUUGGCUCACUUGUGCGAAUUCAUCGAGGACUGCGAAUUCACCAAGCUGUCCGUCCGAAUCCUUCAUCUCCUCGGACUGGAGGGGCCUAAGACGUCUCACCCGACAAAAUACAUUCGGUACAUCUACAAUCGCGUCGUUCUGGAAAAUGCGGUCGUCCGUGCCGCAGCGGUGUCUUCGCUCGCCAAGUUCGGCGUCUGUGUCAACGAUUCGAAAGUUAUGAAGAGCGUGCACGUUCUGCUGCGACGUUGCCUUGAGGAUGUGGACGAUGAAGUGCGGGACAGGGCGGCGAUGUAUCUCAAAGUUCUGGACGAGCAGUCACUGGCGGAUGCCUUUGUUCGGGAAGAGGCGACGUUCUCCCUUGCGACCCUCGAGAGCGAGUUGGAAUCAUACGUCAAAGAUAACGGCCGUCACUCGACUGCCUUUGAGAUUUCCUCGAUCCCGAAGAUCUCUCGCGAGCAAGCCUCGGCAGAAGCUGCAUCUUCGCGGCCAUCCGCGCUCGAAUCAAUCGCGUCUUCUUCCAAGACUGCCGAGCCUUCACCGGCCCCGGUAUCCGCGGCUGAGACCCAAUCGUCCUACUCUGCUCAAAUUGCCGCUGUUCCCGAGCUGUCAUCCUACGGUCCAAUCCUCAAAUCAUCGCCAAGACCCAUACAGCUCACAGAGUCAGAGACGGAAUACGUCGUGUCGCUCGUCAAGCACGUCUUCAAGGAACAUGUCGUGUUCCAGUUCAAUGUGUCAAAUACGAUACCCGAUACUGUGUUGGACGAGGUGACUGUGCUCAUGGUACCUGGACCAGAGACAGGAUUAACAGAGGACUUUAUCAUCCCCAUCGAUUCUCUCAAUUCAGCGAGGGGAUCUGGCCAGGUCUAUGUCUCUUUCACGAGGGAUGACCCCGCUGCGUACGCCGGAGGAAGCUUUGGAUGUACUUUGCGGUUCGUCAGCAAGGAGGUCGAUCCGACCAGUGGUGAACCGGAAGAAGAGGGAUAUCAGGAUGAAUAUCAGGUGGAGGAUUGUGACCUGGGCGCAGCAGAUUACAUCAUUCCAACCUAUGUCACAUUCGCCAAUGAAUGGGACAAGCUGGCCAGUGCAAGCAGUGUCACCGAAACUUUUGCUCUGUCCUCUUCAGAAUCACUUAAAGAUGCCUGCAAAUCGCUCAUUGAAGUCCUUGGUAUGGAGCCAUUGGGUGGUACUGAAUCACCGACUUCGAACUCGGUCCACACGCUUAACAUGUCUGGAAUGUUGUCCGGCGGUGGAGGUAAAGUCCUGGCCAGGUGUCGGAUGACAUUUGCACCUGGAUCCGGAGUGACCUUAGAAUUGGCAGUGCGUGCUGAAAAGGAGGAAGCCGCGAAAUUGGUCAUGGCUGCUAUUUAGGACGAUUAUCGCAACACUUUUUAGAUCCGGACGAGAUGAUGCAUUGUUGCGACGAUCCGCAGCGGACGCCGAGGACCCGCUACGCUCGACGAGGAACAUGACAGAGUGAAGAGGGAAAUGCGUGGACAAAGAUGCAUAUCCAUGUAUAUGUAGCAAUAUGAAGUGCC